AUAAACGUUCAGAUCGCGGUGAGGGCGAGUGCUGACGUGGAAGCAGUGGAUUUCGAGCCGGAGGACAACGACCUCAUGGACGAGGACGCCGCCGGCGAUGCGUCCCCUCAAUUCGCCAUGCCUAAGCUCAAGUUCGCCGUCACUGGCGAUGCUUCCACCUCUAUUUCUGGCCCUAAGAAGACCAAGGGACGUGGCUUCCGUGAUGAAGAUGUCUCCCGCCAGUCCCGUCUCGCCUCCUGCGACUUCGAGUCCCUAGGCACUGAUGAUGGCCUUGGUCCACAGAGAUCUAUUGAAGGAUGGAUUAUUUUGGUCAGUGGUGUACAUGAGGAAGGCCAAGAGGAUGAUUUGCACAAUGCAUUUGGUGAAUUUCGUGAGAUCAAGAAUUUGCAUUUAAAUCUUGAUAAUGUUUCCUCCUUUCAGGGAUAUGCUCUGAUUGAAUAUGAAAAGUUUGAAGAAGCAAAGAAUGCCAUAUCUACCAUGGAUGGAGCAGAACUACUCACACAAACCAUCAAAGUUGAUUGGGCCCUCAGCAAUGGACCUAGUACCGGAGUCUUCAAAAGAAAAAAUACAAGAUCUGGACGGACACAUCGCUCCAGGAGUCCUAGGAGAAGAUACUAA